CGCCACGUGUUACUUUCCUUUUAUAAAGUUAGCGAUCAGAGUUCCAAACAAAUAAAGAUUGUUUUUCACUAAUAAGCUCAUCAAGAUAUCUUUGAUACACUACGUCAAUCCCAUAAUUCCAAUAAGAAAAAUGGAUUCUGGUGGUACUAUAGGAAAAAGAUAUUCCGUUGUCAAGUUUGUUAUAGAUAAUUCAUACUCAGAAAUACCAACAGCGUGGCUUAUACUAGAUGACAAUCAACAACAGAAGUGCUGGUGGCCACGGACAGCAAAUGCUGCACCUCUAAUCGCAAACUAUGCAAGUCCGAAUUUUGAAACUUGGGAUCAAUAUAAUAUUGAACUCAUAAAACAUUGUAGAUCUUUGGAAUCUGCAAGAAAAAGUGCAGCUGACUCCAACUACCAAACAACCGACGAAGACAAAUUGGGACGUGGCAAAAGACAGCAUACUUUGUACAAUCGAUAUAGCAGUGAAGAAGAAGAAAACGACGAUUAUGUACAUCGACCAAUUGCUAAAAUUAAGAAGAAAGAAAAAGCAAGCAGUAUGAAUAAAAUUACAUCUGCUUUCCCACUGUGUCCGGACAAUUUAACCUUGAAUAAUUUCACCAACAAUGAAAUUGAAAGCAUCAAAACUGUGAUUGAUUCAGUAAAAAAGAUUCCAUUAUCACAACCUUGUGAGAAAAAGAAAACUUCUUGUACACAAGAAGUGGAUAUACGUCAGAUUUGUGAUAUUCCCAUAAUAUUUCAAAAUUGUGAUCCAUUAUCUGAAGAACAUGAAAACCAUGAAGAAUUGCAAGAAAUAGUUAAUGAAGUAUCAGACCCUAAUAUAAAAAAGUACUUUAAUCAAGUGAUACGUACACAGCAAGAUAUAAUACGUAAUCAAGGACAAAUAACACGUACCCAAACUACGUCCAAUUUAAUCUUAAGAGACAUCAAACAAUUGGUAAACCGAUUGGAAGAUGUUAUGAAGAGCCGCGCUCUUCUUCCAACAAAGGAAGCUGAAUUUGAUAAUAUUGUGGCGGAAUGGCUACGUUUCGCUAAGCAGAGGAAGCAGAGGGAAGAAAAAGGAGGAGCACAGGAACAAGAUAAGGAAAAUAAUUAG